UUUGAUCAAUUGGGAAAUCACUAUAAUUGUUCAUACACAUGUGAAGAGCUAAGCUUUGAGUGAUUCUGGAUAGAACUGCAAAACCUCUACAAUAAUCUACAAACGUGUUCUUCCUAGUGGGAAAAUCUGCAAGCAGCUAAAAAUGCUACAUCAUAUGAGAACUAUCAUUAAUGCUUCAUGGAGAUAUGGUAAUAAGUGCAUUGUUCGUCAGUUUGGAUUUUCCCAAACUCAUUCACAGUUGAAAGGACGUGAUCUAUUAACCCUUAAAAAUUACAGUGCUGAAGAAAUCAAGUAUCUUCUUUGGGUUGCAGCUGAUUUGAAAUACAGGAUAAAAGAAAAGGGAGAGUAUCUGCCGCUGCUACAAGGAAAAUCUCUUGCUAUGAUAUUUGAAAAGAGAAGUACCAGAACUAGACUUUCUACAGAAACUGGAUUUGCUUUAUUGGGAGGACAUCCUUCUUUUCUAACCACGCAGGAUAUUCAUUUGGGAGUCAAUGAAAGCCUGAAGGACACAGCAAGGGUACUGUCUGGCAUGACUGAUGCUGUUCUAGCUCGAGUUUAUCACCAAUCUGACUUAGAGGUUUUGGCUGAAAAGGCAUCAAUUCCUAUUGUGAAUGGACUGUCUGAUGACUAUCAUCCUAUUCAGAUCUUGGCAGAUUAUCUCACAAUCCAGGAACACUAUGGCCAUUUGAAAGGACUGACCAUAUCCUGGAUUGGUGAUGGAAACAAUGUCCUGCACUCUAUUAUGAUGAGUGCUGCAAAAUUUGGAAUGCACCUACAUAUUGCAACACCAAAGGGAUAUGAACCAAACUCUUCAUUAACAGAGGCAGCUAAACAGUUUUCUAAAGAGUGUGGCACCAAGCUUCUCAUGACAAAUGAUCCCCUGGAAGCUGCCAACGGAGCCAAUGUGUUGGUUACAGACACGUGGGUGAGCAUGGGCCAAGAAGAGGAAAAGAAGAAACGUCUGCUAGAUUUCAAAGGUUAUCAGAUCACAAUGAAGACUGCAAAAUUAGCUGCUCCCAACUGGAUAUUUCUUCACUGUUUGCCUAGAAAGCCUGAAGAAGUCGAUGAUGAGGUUUUCUACUGUCCCAAAUCAUUGGUUUUCCAAGAAGCAGAAAACAGGAAGUGGACUAUCAUGGGCGUGAUGGUGUCUCUGCUGACUGAUUACUCGCCUCAGCUACUAAGGCCUACAUUCUAAUUCACAGAAAAUGCCUGCAAAAUGCCGAUUGCUAUGGAAAAGUUAUCUGAUACACAAGAAUGGCAAAAGCACCAAAAACAAAUGAAUAAUUCCUUCAAACAUGCAGCCAAUUGGCACCCAUUGUACUCUUCUGUAUAGUUAUUCCCACAAAUUUCAGACUUGGAGAAUUAUAUAUAUAUUAGUUUAUAUAUUAAACAUUCUGAAAGUUGUUUUGCUGUUUAUAA